AUGCUUCCAGUAAAUAUCAUCUUGUUUCUUUUCCUCCCACUUGUAACGGCGAAUGUGGAUAAAGAUCCGAAUCUGUGCUUGGAAAGUAAAAUUGUUUACUACACCGAAAUGGAUAUGUCCGGGAAGAGAUUUGGUAAUCUUUUUGGUUUACCUUUUUCCCCGGGAAAGAUAGUGAAUAAAACUAGAUUAGAGCCAUAUCACACCUGUUGCGCGGGAUACUCUCGUGACUCCCAAGAACACAAAUGUCAGCCUAUAUGCAGCAAGGGCUGUCCAGCUCAUUCUACAUGUGCAGAGCCGGAUGAGUGCGUAUGUGGAUCGGGUUAUGCCGAUGGCCAUGACGGAACCUGUCAACCCGUCUGUUCGCCCGCCUGCGGGAACAAUAGUUACUGCAAGGAACCGGAUGUAUGUCCCUGCAAUCCUGGAUAUGCGCGAAGUACAAAAGCAGUUCGAGGCGACUGCAAACCGAUUUGCGAUUAUCCCACAUGUGGACUAAAUAGCGCGUGUGUUAGUCCAAAUCAAUGUAAAUGUGCAGAGGGCUACGAAGAAGUCGAUGCGAAUAAGACGAUUUACAAUUGCAAGCCCAGAUGCCACGAAACUUGCAUCAAUGCCACCUGCAGUUCACCGAAUUAUUGCACAUGCAACGAGGGCUACCAAUAUGUAAGCGAUCGUAACGGGACUGCGUGCAAGCCAAUUUGCGAGGGCUGCCAAUUUGGAGAUUGCAUAUCGCCUGGCAACUGCCACUGCUGGGAGGGCCCAGACUGUCCGACUGGUCUGUGCAGCGUGCCAGGCACCUGCAACUGUGAGCAAGGACAUCGUUGGAAUGGAACUGUUUGUGAGCCGCAGUGCGAGCAAUGUGAGAGCAACAGCUAUUGCCAGAAGCCAGGUGUGUGUGCCUGCAACGAGGGCUACCAUAUGGUAAAGGAUAAUAAUCAGUGUGUGCCGAAGUGCAGCGAAGAGUGUGGAGCUCAUUCGUUUUGCGCCCAGCCCGAGGAGUGUAGAUGCCAGCCAGGCUAUGCAAAGGUAGCCAACGCGUCCUGUCAGCCCACAUGUGAGUCAAGAUGUCCCCCAAACACGCAUUGUGGCGCACCCAAUACCUGCCUCUGCCAGGAAGGCUACUACUUGGACGAUCACGAGUUAUGCCAGCCCAGAUGUACGAACUGCGGGAAGCACAGUCAUUGCACGGCCCCCGGAGUCUGUGUCUGCGAUGAGGGUUAUCUGAAGGCCCAUUGGAGCACUGACUGUUUGCCCAAAUGCAUUAUGUAUUGCGGCGAUCACGGCCACUGCUCCAGUCCCGGGCAUUGUGAAUGCGAUGCCGGCUAUGAAAAAAAUCAGUUUGGAGCCUGCCAGCGCAUUUGUUUGUCCGCUUGCGGGGCAAAUAGCCAUUGUACAGGCAAUGGAGUUUGUGAGUGCAUUGCAGGGUAUGCCACAAAGGAUGUGGCAUCUGCGGAAGGCUGCCAACUUAUCAGCAACAACUCAGACUCACUUCUAGCAGCGGUCCCUUUAACAACAACAGCAACAGCAACAAUCGGGACAACGUCAACAACAGUCCGUUUCGUGCCGUGGAGAACAGAGUCCCCUUCGGCAACUACAACAGAAAAAGUGAAACCGACCACAAGAGCUGGAGCUGUGCCCCGAAAAAUACUCGAGUUGGACUUUGCCAUCAGCCAAGCAGUUUCUUUGUGCGCCAACAAGUGUGAAUGCUGGAAGGAAUACGAUGAAUUGGGUCCUUUGAGCUCGUCUAGCUGCACAAAGCUUUGCAUAAAUGGCUUGAAGACAUCCUGCUUAGAUUUAUCCUACUGUCGCUGCAAUCCGUCGAGUGAUUUGAUUUGCAAUGGCACCAGUCCCGUCUCUGGCGAAAUCAAUUCCGAUUCUGCCGAGUCCGAUGAGAUCCGCUUUGUUUGCACAAAGGCUCCUUCAAAACCCAGCCCAGCCACAGAUCCAUCCCAGGGAAAGGCUGAACUACAUGCCGACAAAGUUGGCACCAAGUGGCCAACAAUUUUGGGCUGGUGUUUGGUGGCUUCUCUGCUGGUGAUGGCCGUCGUGGGCAGCACUCUCCUCUACCUCAGACACAAGCGCCAGAAUGCGGCACGUGGCAGUUACUCCUCCCCAGGGCUCUUAAGUGAAAGUUUCGAGGAGGACCUUUAA